CUAUGAACGAGUAACAUUGCAAUUUUAUCUAGCAAAUGUGUCGCUAGGAAGAGCGGCAGAGCAUCAAGACUUCUUCAAGAGGAACAACAGUUUACAGCAUCAACAGCAAAUUUGCCAGAUUUGACAGGUCCUCCGCAGCAAUCGCGAGCAUUGACUUCACAUCUCAAUUCAGUUUACCUUGCUGCCUGUUAACGUCGCUUAGCAGUGGACAUGUCUCAUUCGCAGACAACGCCGGCGUCAAAUAAGGGUGUGUCGGUGAUGGAGUUUCGGACAGAGGAAGCUCUGUUAAAGCAUUUGAUUGACGACAUCGAGAGCAUACCGAGCGAUCCAUCUUUGGAGCAGCUUUGCUCGAAAGCUAAAACAUCUAUCAGUAAGACUCCUUUUUGGAUCUUGUCUGCUCCUGACGAGGACCAUACAAAGUCGAAAUCCGUUGAGGACGAAUUCCGCCGACUUCAGACGUUGAAAAGUUACAAUGUUUUGGAUGAAAUGUUUGACGAAGACUUGGAUAGGCUAACAGCAAUGGCGAGCCGUAUGUUUGACGUCCCUAUUGCUCUUGUAAGCCUGGUUGACCUAGGAAGAAUCUGGUGCAUUUCAAAUCGCGGCCUCGGAGAAGUACGCCAGAUACCCAGGAAAGAUUCAUUCUGCGCGCAUGCGGUGCUUAGCAACUCCAAGUCCUUUAUUGUUCCUGAUGCUAGCAAAGACAGCCGCUUUUCGACGAACCCGCUGGUUACUGAAGGCGGAAUUCGUUUCUACGGCGGAGCGCCGUUGGAGACACCAGAAAAUUAUAGGAUAGGUAACUUUUGUUUGCUGGGUACCAAGCCUCGCCCCGAAGGCCUUUCCGAAGCUGAGUUAAUGACGUUGGUAGACUUUGCUGCCAUGGCAGUCAAGGUACUUGUGGAUCGUCGGUAUCGGAGGGAUACGGAAAUCAAACAGGAUUUGAUUGUAGCACAUACGGCACACGAUCUCAUCACUCCGCUUACAGGACUUCAAAUGUCCUUGAAUCUUCUGAACGAAGAUGUAUCCUUGACCAGUAAAAUGGACGACGAACAACAAGAACUCCUUUCAACUGCUAUUGUCUGCACUGAUAUUAUGAGCCGGUUCUGCCACGUUACCUUGGCUGAUCUAAAAAAAGUGGACCCACCCGCCGUAACAAUGACAAGCGAAUGCUCACUAUCUCAUUCCAAUUGUCAUGUCAAAGACCUCUUCCGCUGCCUGCAUCAGACCAUUGCUCCUCUUUCGAAGAAAGUUCCGAUCGUCUUCUCCAUGGAAACAUCCUUAAUGAAUCUCGUGGCGUGUGAUGGACUAGCUCUUUUCCGUUUUGCUUUAAGUCUUCUCUCUGCAGCAUGUGACCGAACUAAAAGAGGAAGUAUAUCCUUGCGCCUUUUUACUCUCAAAGAAGAAAGCACCAUAGCUAUUGAGUGUGAGGACACUGCUACCUCUUUGCUCGCCAAAGACGUUAAUUUGUUGUUCGACAACAGUCCUGAUGUGUGUGGACUCACAGAUCCUGCACUCGGUGGGAUACAGUUUGCGAUUUCACUUGCGCACUCAAUCGGUAGUUCCUGCGGGGUACGUGGUCGCUCGCUUGUCGACGAUCAACAGGAUAGCGACUCCGUUGAUGGAUCAGUGUUUUGGUUCCAUCUUCCGGCAUCGUUUGAUGGUGACUAUUGGAAUGAAAAUAGUGAGAUUACUGGGGAAGUAGCGUCGAGAGCCAAAGGAAAAUACUUUACCUUUGACGGGUACAGAGCUCCCAUGUUCGCCCAAAGAAGACUCUUUGGAUUUUUUUUGGGACUGAAGCUGCUUCGAAGGGCUCUAGUUAUCGAUGAUUCCUUGGUUGUAAGAAAAACUUUAGUGCGAGGUUUGUCGAGUCUAGGAUACGAAGUUGAAACAGCAAGCGACGGGAUGGAGGGGCUCAAUGCAUUGAAAAAACGUAUUUACUCGGUUUGUUUAUGUGACUUUUUGAUGCCUAUCAUGGAUGGAUUGGAUUGUGUUCAGCAGUAUCGAGUGUGGGAAGCAGAAUAUCGUUUUAGCCAUCGACAAAUUAUUGUUGGUAUUUCAGCACACGCGACCAAAAAAGACUCAAACAUCGCAAGACAGAUUGGCAUGGAUGAUUACAUGGCAAAGCCCAUCACCAUCAAAAUGCUCAAAGAUCUGGACGAGAGUGAUCUCGUUCGGCAUGCUACGACGCAAAAUCAAAACCUUACGAGUCUUAAAGAAGAUACAGCCGGGAUCGAAUUGCCUAGAAAACGAGCCCUGUCAGUUGGAUCAAAGUACGUGCCGGUUCCUCGUCUAAUGAAAUCCAAGUUUACACUUCCGAAAGUUAAACGAAAUGAGCUAAUUGACCACCCUCGUUGCUUAAUAGCAAAACUUGGCUCCAUCGAUGGUUCAUCAGACCUCACACAACUGUUUACAAGGAGUGGUUGGCAGUGUGAAGUUGCGAGUAAUGAGGCUGAGCUGUCGUUGAUGCUCCGCAAUCGAAACUGGGAUGCUGUACUUAUCGACGACUGCAUGUUUGAACGCAAUCAGACUUGCAUCUUGGAAUUUCGUGUUUGGGAAACAAAGAACCGUAUCAAUCGGCAAAGAAAUCUAUUUCUUCAUUUUGCAAUAGCCCAACAGACGACAAAGCUUGCCAUGGAAACUAUGUUCUUGCUAGCGCCUGAAGGAUUCGACGGAGCUAUCCAGAUACCGCUUCUGUGGGACGACUUUGUGUCAAUUUUUAAAUCAAUGAACUCAGAUACCAGAACUAUGUCCAUAAUAACACGAUAGAAAAGAUUUGUUUUGCCAAUAAUGGUAACUGUAAGUGUUAAUAAAGAACGUCUUCAACUGGUUC